UCAGCGUUGUUUCCACAAAAAAGAUUAGACCUCUCUUUCUUCUUCUUCAUUUUCUCCACACGACACACAAAUUAUAGCCCAAAAAAGAUGAAGCACCUUUCCUCUAUCCCCACUCUGUCCACCAUCGCAGAGUGCAAAUAACUGACAUAUUUGCUUAAAACCCUCUUUCCAAUUUUUUCUUUCUUCCUUUUAAAACCCUUUUCAAAGGUGAAUAAUGUACAACUUCAAGAAUCUAUUGAAGCAUUAAUUAACAGCUAAAAAAGAUAGAGGAAAAUGGUAUAGCAAGCGAUGUAGCUCGAGCUAUUGUGGCUGCCCUUGAUUGGAACUCUUCUCUCGAUGCCCGUAUCUUAUUUAGGAUCCAAGUUAUCGAAGCUCUAAUUGGAGUUGUCUUGCUGCGAUUGUUGUUUGUUGUGGACGGGAAAUUGCUGUUGAGCUUCGUUUCGCUUUUCCUUCGUUUCUUUUAAAAUACAAGAUCCAAGUACUUCAUACUAGCCUAGGCAUCCGUGAGUCGGGCUUGGAUCAUAGACUUCAAGGUAUACCUACCGGCAUUUGCAGAUGGUGAGGACAUGCACUGCUAAAUUCAACGAUUAGACACACACGCCCCCUACUAGAGCUGCAAGAGGCUGGGGAGGGGGCGGAGCAGAGGUCGAGGAAGGGAACGUUGAGUAGCUAGAGCACCUGCCCAAGCUGCAACAGAGGAGCCAUCAGUUGCUCCAGUUGUGGGGCAGGAACUUGAGGUGUAUGUUUCCACCCCUGCAAUUCAGGAGACCCUCAUACAAUUCUUGAGCAUGUUUGGUACUCUAGCUCAGGUGGGGUUGAUUACACUUGCACCCGCCACAUCUCAGGCUGGGGGAGAAGCUCAUACUCCCACAACUCAUACCCAGAUCAGCGAUUCCAUAUUGAUCAGGGCCUAGAGGCUAUACUAGUGCAUCCGGUCGUCCCAGUUCAGCCUAAGGUUAGGGCAGCAAUAUCUGAGGAGAGCAACUCCGACUUGAGAGGUACAAGAAGUAACAUCCUCCUACUUUCAGCGGCCUAGCUACAGAGGAUGCAUAGGGUUUUUUGUAGAAGUUCCACCGUAUGGGUAGAGUGGAGACGAGCAGGGUUGCUUUCACUACUUUUUAGCUGUCGGAACUGGCAUACUAGUGGUAGUAGUCUUAUGAGGAGGGUAAGCCAGCCGAGGCAGCUUCAAUCACAUGGGCUCAGUUUUCAGAGAUAUUCUUGAGAGAGUUUGUUCCCCAGAGUUUUCGAGAUGCAUGGCGCCCAAAGUUUGAACAGCUAUGCCAGGGUCCUAUGACUGUGCUAGAGUAUGCUGUCAGAUUCAGUGAGUUGUCCAGACAUGCACCUACCUUUGUUUCCACAAUUAUAGAGCGAGUUUGUCGAUUUAUCGAGGGGCUCAACUAUGGUAUUAGAUUUAGCAUAGCUUGAGAGUUGGAGAUAGACACUCCAUACCAGCAGGUGGUAAUAUCGCAUGGAGAUUAGAGGGUAUGCGAGGCUGGGAGAGGGAGGAUAUGGAGGCCAUGAGGCCUCGAGAUUCUGGCGGAUAUAAUGGUGCUCGUUCUCUAGUUAUAGCCCUUCAUGGUAGAGGCUAUAUGAGCCGUCCAGUUCAUUCAACACUUCCAACUUAUAGUGGUACUCGCGCUACUCUUAGGCCUCAGGUUGCUCAUUAUGCACCGCCACUGUCUAGUGUACCUUCAGCAUAGGGUGCUUUCAAUGGUCAGUCUAGUCAACCAAGCCCGAGUGAGUUUCAUCAGCUGCGUCCUGCUUUGAGUGUGGUGAUACCCGUCAUAUGGUGAGGGAAUGCCCGAAACUCAGAACGGGUGCACCUCUACCUACUAUGAUAUUUCUAUUCAAUAUCAUACCGGGUGGUGAUGUAGGGAAACUUUCGUAUCUAUGAUUUAGUUUGCUUUCUUGGAGUCUCUUGCUCAAUUCUUUAUACUGUGGUAUCAGAGCUAGCCCAUUCUUUUGGCUAGAGGAACAAUUUACUAAAUAUGUCUGAGUUGUUUCCAUCAUCCUCUUCCUUUGCAAAGUUGAAUAUGUCCCCUACUCUAUAUAAAACUUUUUCCAAAAAAUAUGAUUACAUCUAUGAAGUAGAUAUCCUACCUGACGAACAGAAAGUAACCUCCACUGAACUACCCCUCAUAAACCCUUGCUCAGCUUUUGCAAAAACAUAAUUUGCACCAUAGACCCAAAUUCAUUACCUAGUCUAACAAAGACCAAAAUGAGUCAAAGAAUAUGUUGCUGCCUCAAAACUUGACCAACAUCCUAGUCUUGCCACUCGAGAAGAACAAUUUAUCACCCUUCAAAUCUCAGAUGAUUUUUAUAGAUAAUGGAGAAAUCAUGGAUUUACCCAUAUCCAUUUUGGUGCUAUCCGAAUUGCUUUAACAUAUCAGGGAAGAAAAGGUCAACCCAUUGUUGCUCGACUCUCUCUUAUAGAUACAAGAUACUAUGAGUACCAACAUGCAAAUUUGGGUACUGCAAAAGUUACCUUGAAUGAUGGGAAUGUCUUCAUAACUAUCUUUCCAAAUUUUAACAUGUCUCUUCAUGACCCAUACCUAAUCAAAGCAUUAAAAAUCCAAAUCCAAAUCUAGGGAGCCCCACAAGCCAAAGAUGCUAUCCAAGCCACUCUUCAUCACCAAAUGGUGUGGCGGGUCCAAAAUCAUGCCAUGGAUCUCUUCCUUCUUGGAGGAGAAAAUGCUUUACUCUUGAAUAUUGAUGCUACCAAAGGAAAUACCAUGUGCACCCAAAUACCCAGACAAACUCCCAGAAAUGAGCUCAAUAAAAUUCUUCCUGAUUCCUGGAUCACAAAUUAUGAAAAGCUAAGGGAACCUGAGGAAUCUCUGCAAUCUGGUGAGCCCACUUUUACUAAAAGAAAUGACAAAAUCAUUUCCAUAAGCUUUGACCAUUCCCAUCUCAAAAAAUCCAAUAAAACCAUCUUUUCUUUCCAAGUGAUCAAAUCCAAAGAUACAGACCCUAACCCUGAAAGUGAACCCUUCUGGAAUAUACAAACUAUCAUGGAAGAACAUGACUGGUGUCAACAUUUCGACAAAGAGGGCAGAAGAUUUUGGUGGUUCAAAUGCCCCUUUACCGGACACUGCCCUUGGGAUAUUGGUUGCGACUGCCAAGACUGUUUGGAAGAUCCAAUUGGAGAAUAUGAUGAAUACCACCUGUAUCUUUUGGAAAGAUUUGGCCUCAACAAUACCAAACCAAAAUCCAAGAAAAAAGGGAAAACUAGUGAAAAGCAAUUUCAAGCCAAAUAUGAAAAUAAAGAUCCUUCAAUUGGCUUACUAAGUCGUUCGGAUAAAUACGAAUUUCUUGUCAAUUACAAACCCCAGGAAUGGCCUAAAUUACCAGAAAAAUUCACUCAAAGCUGGGAAGAUAGUGAAAUAACACCCAAACCCAAACUACCAUCAACUCAUACCUCAGAAUCCAAAAAUCCACCUGAACCUAAAACUUUACCAACUCAAAAAACCCCAAAGCCCACAAAACCACAAAUAUUCAUGUUAAGCCCUUCAAGCUCAGUCAUACCCAAGAUUUUCCUUCACUUCAAUCUUUUGAAAAAGAGGGUAUAAGCCAUGCUCUAAAAAUUCCCAAGAAAAAUAUAGUGCUAGCUACUGGAGAAAAACCCCCCAAUUAGUGAUAUCGAGGCCAAAAUGAGCUGGAAAUGAGCAAAUUCCAACUGUCAAAACAAAGUGCUGAAAAACAUUGGCAACACAUAAAGAACGUGGCCCAUACACAAAACAAAAUGACGAGCAAAGUGGAAACAAUUGAGGAAAAGGUGGAGCAGACAUCGCCUCACCAUGCGGGACUAAUCAAAGCCUUGGAACUAAGGUUGGCAAAUUUACAAUAUGAGAUUUGUCUGCUAGGAACUUCACUUUUCUAAUUUUCCAACAACAACAAAAUGAGACGAUUUCCAUCGGAAAACAAAUUUAACUUUUGAGAAAUGACCACUUUGUGUCACAAAAGACCCCAAUUUUCCCUUCAAAACCUACCUUCUUCCCUAUGUCGCCACAAGCAUAUUCCCUACUUAAAUUGGACUACACCUUUUCUACUUUUCCUACUACCUCACAAAAUCCUAUUUCUUUCACCCAACCCUUAAAGCAAGAACAUGAUUUUGAUAUUGCAAAAAUGGUUUAGGAAAGGAAAUAUGCUCUUGCGGCCCAAAAACAAACCAAAAAAGGCGAGAUCAUGGAGAAAGUUCAAAAGGGUCCAACCCCAAAAACCUGAUGAUUUCUGAUCAUAAGGUUCCAAACCUCUAUGUCACCCAACCUAAAAACAUGUCAGAAGGAGAUACCACAUGGUCGGAAUCACUAAAUUCAUCAGACGAGGAUACAAUGGAAGAUAGCUCUCAAUCAGGCAAUGAAUCCACAAUGAACUCUUCCGAAGAAGACAAUCCCCCAAUAUUUUAAACAGCCAAGAGACCCAAUUUUUUAUGAAGUAGAUGCGUAUCAAGAAGGCAUGACAUAUGAACCAAUCCCAUAAAGAAGAUAUGAGCCCAUGGCAUCAAAACCAAUUGGAACUGGCUUCUACACUUUCACCUUAGAUGACAUCAAGGUUUUAAAAUGGUCUCAAAGGAUCCAAGACUUCUAUACUUGGAUGGUUACCAAAAAUCUGGUGGAACGAGAAAAGUAUAUCAUCCUGUCAGAACUCACUUCAUGGUUCUCAAGAAUCCUCAGAUAUUGGUGGAACUUACAUGGGAUUCAAAACAAAAAUACCUUUCUUCCUUCCUAGGACUUUUCCUUCAAAAUUAGAAUCCUACAUUAAGUUUUUUGUGGAGAUACUGUCCAAAGAUAAGAAAAGAUGAGGAGACAAAAAUUCGAGAUGAAGUGUGUGUCAUUCGACAGAAAUGACAUUGACAAGCAUUUUUAAAAAAUAGUGAAGAUAUACUUCGAGAUCGACAGAGACAUCAACGUGAAGCAAGCCUUUGUCUCUUCCCUUCCAAAGUUGUUGGCAAGACGAACCAUGACCAUCAUUGAAGAAACGUUUCAGUCAAUAUCAAUCUCACAAGUCGACUACAUCAGGCAAGCUAUUUUCGUCACAUUGGAUGACAUUUGUAUGAAGCGAUCUGCCCUAAAACAAAUUAUCUAACACAUUCCAACACUUGACAAAGCAUGCCGCAAAUCUGAUCUGAUUACCGAAUCAGGAUGUUCCUGCCACACAUCUAGGUGACGGAGAGGAUUCAGAAGGUUCAGAUGGCCAAGAACUCUAGAUGGGAAAUCAUGGUCCAAGAGGCGCACAAAAUAUUUCAGACAAAGGAGGCUAGGAAAUUUUCAGAAAAGAACAGAUGCUUUAUUUGCCACAAGAUCAGACAUUUCGCAAGAAAUUGUCCCCAAUCAAGGAAAUUGGUCAAACUCCUCGAAGAGAUUGAAUAUUACACUGGCAUACAUCUCGGAAAAAAGAGGAACUCAAGUCCAUAUUCUCUAUGGAUGAUGAACCCACUGAAGAAACCUUAUUCUCUAUUGACAUAUACGAAGAUCAUAAUGAUGACCACUACAAAAAUUCAGAACCAACAACUAAAGCCCAGGAAGAGAUUAACGCUCUCAUAGUAAUCCCUCAAGUGGAACUCAAGGUUUAUCCAUCCAAAUAGGAUAAACCAACUCGAGUCAUUGCUUUCAUUGACACUUGAGUUGUUUGUUCACUCAUGAAUCCUGCUAUUCUCCCUGAAGAACAAUGGGUUCCUUACUUUAAGGAUUUCAACACUGCUUCAAAUGGAAUCCGGACUACCACCGUCAUUACAAAGCACCCGGUCACAAUUGAGUUCUUUCCAAUAUUGAAGUACAGAACCAAGCUGAUAGGAUUCAGUGUACCAAGAAAAUAUCUUAUUGUUGGAUUCGACAUUUUCAGACAACUAAAUGAUCAACUCCAGAUAAGGGCUAACGGGUUAACCUUUAAGAAGCAAUUCAAAUCUUAUUAUGAAAUUCCAAGGCUAUUCCAAAUCACCAAUGGCGAACAAAUCAAGGAGAUUGAACAAAAUCUUAUUGAGCAUUCAUGUGUUGAAUCCCACAAGGAUUUUAUGAAAAAAGGGAAAAUCCCAUUAUGAAAGAAUGAAGAGUUUUUUAUCAAGCUCCAUUUCAAGAAGAAUAAAAAUAUCAAUCCAACAAAAGCCAGUCAUUCAUGCAUGAAUCCAUAUAAUCUUUAGCUUGCAAAGAAAGAAGAUGAAAAACUCUUGGAAUUUGAUCUAAUAGAGCCAUCAGAUUCACAAUGGGCAAGCAUAACAUUUUAUGUCAACAAAAGAGCUGGACAAACAAGAGGAAAACUCGGGUUAGUUAUUAACUACCAGUCACUUAACUAUUUCCUCCAAGAUAAUAAAUUCCAUAUCCCAAAUAAACUCUCUUUUCUCUCACUUAGCAAAGGCCAAAUAUUUUUCCAAGUUUGAUUUUAAAUCUACAUUUUGGCAAUUGGGAAUCCAUCCCGAAGAAUGAGCCAAAACAGGAUUUUGCAUCCCCAAUCAUCACUUCCAAUAGAAAGUCAUUCCCUUCAGAUUAAAAACUGCCCCCUCCUUUUUCAAAAAAAAGCCAUGAUAAAAAUCUUCCAGCCCAUCCUCCAUACCUCUUUAGUUUACAUUGAUGACAUCCUGUUAUUUAGUAAUAUAUUGGAGGAACAUAUCAUCUUGCUUCAUCAAUUUGAGGCAUUGGUAACACAUUACGUGAUCAUUCUUUGAGCAAAAAAGAUGGUUCUUGCUCAAAAGGAGAUUGAUUUUCUCGGAAUGCAUUUUGUCCAAGGUGUAUACAGUCCAGGACCACAUAUAUGUCAGGAGCUACUCAAAUUUCCUGAUACCAGCCUCACAACAAAGAAGAUCCUACAAUUCUUGGGUGUAGUAAAUUAUGUAAGAGAUUUAUUCCAAAUAUCUCUACAUACAUUUCUCUGCUCACAAAGAUGCUCAAGAAAAAUGCUCCGCCAUGGGGAAAGGAACAAGAUGAAAUAGUCUGGGAAAUAAAGUAGAUAUAUAAUGAUGUCAAAUCCCUCUACAUCCCUUCAAAAGGUAAGAAAAUACUGCAAGCUGAUGCCAACAAUGAAUACUAGAAUGUUGUUCUAUUUGAAAUAAAAGAUGGCCAGAGAAAAAUAUGUAGAUUUGCAAGCGGAAAGUUCAAAGAUGCGGAAAAAUAUUAUCACUCCACUUUCAAGGAAAUUCUUGCAGUGAAGAAUGGAAUCAAGAAAUUCAAUUUUUUCCUGAUUCAUACAAAAUUUCUGAUAGAGAUGGAUAUGAAGGCCUUCCCAAAGAUGAUCCAGAUAAAUGCAAAAAUUAUUCCCAAUCCUCAGAUUCUCAGAUGGGCCCAAUGGUUCUCUACAUAUGAGACUAUACUCGCGUAGAGUAUCAGACUUGCUAUUUUAGAUACUUGAGGAGCUACUUGAUUAGCUGUGGAAAUUGUACUUUCCUUUGCGGAUUUCUUCCGCGUGUGUGUAUUCAUCCGAUAGUUUUUCUUGAAUUUUAUAACUCACACAUAUAUUCGUGAGUGUGGUCAGUGACCUUUAAAAGUUUUAUAUUCUAAUAGGAUCGAGCUGUAUGCAUCAGCAAUACUCUUAUGGGAUCGGGCUGUUCGCGUUGGCGGUAUCAUGUAAUAUAUUCUUAUGCGAUCAGGCCAUUUGCCUCGACGAUAUCAUGUAAUACACUCUUAUGGGAUGGGGUCGUUCUCCUCGGUGGUAUAAUGUGAUACACUUUUAUGGGAUCGGGUCGUUCGCCUUUGCGGUAUCAUUUAACAUACUCUUAUGGGAUCGUGUCGUUCGCCUUAUCUAAGUAACAUAUUUUUAUGUUGAUCGGGUUGUUUUCCUCAACAAUAUGAAACACUCUUAUGGAUCGGGCUAUUUUCCUUGGCAGAGUAACAUAUUCUUAUGGGAUAUGGUCGUUCACCUCGAUAAUUUUAUGAACCACUCUAAUGGGAUCGGGCCAUUUUCCUCGGCAGUUCUAUGAAACACUCUUAUGGGAUCGUGUCAUUUGUGUCGGCAGUUCUAUAAAAUACUUUUAUGGGAUCGGGCUGCUUGCCUCGGUAAAAUCGUGCGGAAUACUUAAUCAGGAUUUCGCAUACUCAUGAGUUUCCUGACUUGAAAUGUGACUGUUGGUUUAGUAUUGACCAUUACGUAUUCCAUUUGAGGAGGUAUCUGAUAGUUGAGGACUUUGUGUUCAUUGUUCAACUGUAGACCGUACUAUUUUCCUAUAUCUAUUCUCAUUAUUUAUUUACCAUGUUUCAUACUUUUAUACUUUAUUACAUUUGAUCUACUGGACCACUAGUAAGUAUCAAUGUCAUCUCCUUAUCACUACCUCUUUAGGGUUAGACUAGAUACAUACUGGGUACGUGUUGAUUUACGUACUCAUACUGCACUUCUGCAC